CGAGCAGUCAGGAAGUGGAGUGCAGAGCUCAGCUAGUGUUGGCUGCCGCUCUUCAUGUCAGUGUCUGUACAGGAAUAAAUAACGUUUCUCUCUGUCCUUCGACAUGUCGGCCAGGAACCCAGGAAGUGAGCUAGACCUGGAGUGGAUAUCCAAAGUGAGAGUGAACACACAAGCUGUCCUGAAGAGAGCUCAGCACAUCCAAGGGCAAAAGAUCCCCAAGAAACAGUGGCAGGCCGCCUGGCUGCUAAAGGCUGCCACAUGUAUCGACCUGACAACUCUGAGUGGAGAUGACACGCCGUCCAAUGUCCAUCGGCUGUGUCUGAAAGCCAUCCAGCCGGUCCGAUACGACCUGCUCAAGAAGAUGGAUAUGCACAAUAAAGGAGUGACUACAGCAGCAGUGUGUGUGUAUCCGUCUCGUGUGGCUGACGCCGUCAAGUCACUAAAAGCAGCCAACUCCAGCCUUCCUGUAGCCUCAGUGGCCACUGGCUUCCCAGCGGGCCAGACACCGCUGGAGACCCGCCUGCUGGAAGUCCGCAUGGCAGUGGCUGAUGGUGCCACCGAGAUCGACAUCGUCAUCAACCGGACGCUUGCCCUCACGGGACAGUGGGAAGCCAUGUAUAAUGAGAUCCGUCAGUUCCGGGAGGCCUGCGGUGAUGCCCACAUGAAGACCAUCCUGGCUAUUGGAGAGCUGGGCACCUUCACCAACGUCUACAAAGCCAGCCUGGUCGCCAUGAUGGCUGGCUCGGACUUCAUCAAGACUUCCACAGGAAAGGAGGCUGUCAACGCUACCUACCCUGUCGCCAUAGUGAUGGUGAGGGCCAUCCGUGACUACUUCUUGUGUACAGGCCACAAGGUGGGCUUUAAGCCGGCAGGAGGAAUCCGGACGGCUCAGGAGUCUCUGCUGUGGCUCACGCUGAUCAAAGAGGAGCUGGGCAAUGACUGGCUCAGCCCUCACCUGUUCCGCCUGGGAGCCAGCAGCUUAUUGGCUGACAUCGAGAGGCAGAUCUACCAUCACGUUACUGGACAGUAUGCAGCCUAUCAUGAGCUGCCUAUGGCCUGAAGCCGUGGACGUCCUGUUUUAGCGACCAAUCACACAGGCAGCACACUGACUCGUCUUUUCAGUUAACCACACUCAUGUUCGAUGCUUUGAUGCAAGACUUGGACCAACGUCUGUGACACAGAGAAAGCACGUCUUAUCUGUAGCAGUGCACUAACUUGUCCAUGCAGACAGUGUACAUGUGAAAUACAAACAGUGGAAUAAACUUUGUCACAGUAUUUUCUUACAGACAUAAUAAAGCAGCUUAUCAUGUCUGUGUGAAGGAUGUGCUGGGUUUCACGUGAAGCAGGAAAAAGAAAGAAGAGAAUAUUUAUCCUUCAUCUCCUGACAGACUUAACUUUGGGCUUUGCUGAUCUUACAAGCUAAAAGAUGUAUGUGAAAAGAUACAUGAGGAAAAAGAAAACUAGCUCCUGUUCUUGCCACCUCUACCCAGUGGUACAGUCUUUACACAGAAUUACAUUGCAGUUGUAUCACUCACAUUAGGAACAGUACUACAACCUGGAUUACAAUUUUUUGUUUCCUCCCAGCUAGUCUGACAAAGUAAAUUAGUAUAACAUGAACGGAGGAGAAAGGGUGUGUACCAUCAGUGCUAUUAAUAAACUGAUCAAAUGAUCGAUCAUUUUAGGA